GCCAAAAGCCUGGAGAUGUUUUUCUCGGGCUACCCCAGGAUCGUCGGCCUGUCGUUUUUCCCCAGUCUGGUGAGGCUGACUCUCGUCAGGCAAAACAUCCAGAAGAUUUCUAACCUCGAGAGCUGCCUGCUCCUCAGAGAGCUUUGGCUGGCUGAGUGUUGCUUGACGAAAAUCGAAGGUCUGCAGCAAUGCAUUCAUUUGCAAAAGCUUUACCUUUACUGCAACAGGAUUUCGACCAUUGAAAAUCUGGAAAAUCUGACAGAACUGGAGGUUGUUUGGCUGAACGGGAACCAGAUUAAAGAAAUCGAGGGGUUGUCCACUUUGCGGAGUUUGAAGGAACUCAACCUUGCUGGGAACUCCAUCAGUAAAAUUGGACACUGCUUGGAUCCCAAUGAAGAAAUAGAAAAGAUAAACCUGUCCGGGAACAGAGUGUGUUCCUUCAAGGAAAUCACCAAUUUGGCAAGACUGUGUAACUUAAAAGACCUGUGUCUGAACGACCCCCAGUACGAGCCCAACCCAGUUUGUCACCUCUGCAAUUACGCAACGCAUGUUCUGUACCAUAUCCCUCAGCUCCAACGGCUCGACACUUACGAUGUCUCUUCAAAGCAGAUCAAGGAGCUGGCCGAGACCACCGUGAUGAAGAAGGUGAUGUACUACAACAUGCGCAUCAAGAGUGUCCAACGGCAGCUGGAGGAAGAGCUCGAGAAGCUCAGAGAAAGGAAAUGCAAGCUGCAGAAGCUACCCGAAGAGCAGAUUAAGCAUUUCCACUGCCACAUCAAGCACCUGGAACGUGAUCUGGAGGGCCUGCAGACAUCUGGCAGAGGACAGACCAGCCUCUCCAGGAGCUUCGAAGGGGAAAACUCGAAUGGGGACGGUGAAAGUCCCAACGAGGCCAGCGAGGAAGCCAGUCUGGAGAGGCAGCUCCUGCAAAAAUUGGACUGCCUCAAAAAAAGGAUCGCCUUCUGGAACAAAAAGCUAGAGGAAGUUGAAGUGAUUUAUCAUCUGGAAGUCAAAAAGAAGAAGAAAGCCAGUAAGCUGGCUGUGCAGUUUUUGCUGACCGAAUUGGAAACGGUGGGAAACACACGCUUCGAAGAAGGUUCACCGAGUGAUCCCUGGUUUAAUUCCUGCUAUGACUUAAUCCUCUCCCGGUUUUGCGCCUGGGACUUCAAACCGUACGGGAUAACAGGAGUGAAAGUUAACCGCGUCAUCAGGGUACACAACCGGAUUUUGAAGAUGAAGUUCGAGGAGAAGCUCCAGAGGUUCUUGGAGGAAGAAGAUUUAGGUGACUCCACAAAUUACAAGAAGAGGCUAGAAUAUCUCUUCUAUGUACUGAACCCGGAAGUGCCCUUGAAGAAAAAACAACUGAUCCAGAUCCUGGAGGAAGGCUUUCAGGACGCCCGGAAGGUGCCCGACAGUGAAGAAGCCGUUUCCCUCUCCAACAGCCUCAGUAUCUGCGAGUGCCCCCGAAUCGAACACUUCCAAAAACAAGCCAAAAGCAAAGGGGACUUUGAGGAGUCAUUUAGGCCAGGGAAGCUCAUCAUCUCAAAGGUUUUUCUCAGGAACAGUGUGCAGGCUCGCGGGACAGAGCCGAUCCUCCGAGCCAACUUUCCCGGGGUCAAUUCCGUGUACAGGCCUCGCGGCCUCCCCCCAAACACGGCUUCUGCCGCUGGUAAUGGGACCAUGGCUUCACCGGAGAAACCAAAGGAAGUCUGUUCUUGCCUGGACUUCAGGAACUGUGACUGCAGCCUCCGGCAGUGUGAGUGGUUUGUGUUCGAUCAUGACUUGGUUUUGCCAGAAUACGUCGUUGAGUUUGAGUUCAUCACGUUGGUCAAAGAGGAGACUCUGUUCUCUUCGUUCAGCAACGUGAUUUCGGAGGAAGGAAGGAGAAAUUCGGCAGGCUUCAUUCUGAAUCGGGACCUGCAAUGUGAUGACCGGGCUUUGAACAUGGAGCCUGUCAUGAAGCCGAAGCCCAAAAUAAUUUGCUUGGAUGAGAAAACCAUUUUGGCGGUGGCCAAGGCCAAUGUUUUUAGCCGGAUAACGGUUCUGAACUUGCACGGAAACCGUCUGAGCAAGCUACGAGACAUUUCCAGGCUCACAGCGUUGCAGAAGCUGAUUGUCAGUUUUAACGAAUUCACUUGUCUGGAUGAUGUUUAUCACCUGCCAAACCUGGAAUAUUUUGAUGCCAGCCAUAACCACGUGAUCACUCUGGAGGGCAUCAGAGGUCUAAACAAACUGAAGCAUUUGGAUCUGAGCUGGAAUCAGCUGAAAAAGACAGGGGAAGAGAUCCAUGUUUUACGGAGAAACACGCCCACGGUGCUCACUCUGAAUAUCAAGCAUAACCCAUGGCAUAAGCCAGCUUCCGUGCGGUUGAGUGUGAUCGGCCAGCUGAAGACGCUGACACAUCUGGACGAGGUCUUGAUCACCGAGGAUGAGGCAGCCGCCGCCGCCCAGUUCAUAGCAGACUCCAAAAUUUCUCAGGUGUCUCUGCUGGAGCAUUCGAGGACGGAUACGGAGAAGAUCCGUAUCCUCAGCGUGGUACCGCAGGCCAAAAUCCUGAGCCAAAUGAGUAAGAAUAAACUGGACAUACUUCAGAACAACUGGUUUACAAUGAUAACAGCGUUAGACCUCGACGGGCAACAUCUCAGCAAAAUCAGUCAUUUGGAAAAACUGGGGAAUUUGCGGUGGGCGUCGUUUAGCAAUAACAACCUUACAAGAAUUGAAGGGCUGGAUUCUUGUCUCAACCUGGAAGAGCUCACGUUGGACGGGAACUGCAUCUCGAGCCUUGAGGGUAUUUCAAAACUCACCAAACUGACACGAUUGAGCGCCAACAACAACCACCUCAGCAGCCUAGAGAGGAACCUCUUUGACAACUUGGUGCACCUUCACUAUCUCUCCCUCGAGAACAACCGGAUCACGUCGCUGGUGGGCUUGCAAAAAUCCUAUGCUCUCGUCGAACUCUACAUAAGCAACAACUACGUGUCAUCUAACCAAGAGAUCUACUAUCUCAAGGGACUGAACAACCUGGUCAUCCUCGACAUGUAUGGAAACCUGAUCGUGUGGAAGCAAGAUAAUUACCGGCUCUUUGUUAUUUUCCAUAUCCCGUCGCUGAAGGCCUUAGAUGGUGUUGCAGUGGAACCGCCCGAGAUCGAAACCGCAAGAGAUUUAUUUGGCGGCAAGCUGACCGCCGAUAUGGUUGUCGAAAGACUGGGGCACUCCGACUUCAGCAAGAUGCAAGAGUUAAACUGGACGGCCUCUAUGAUCAGAACGAUCGAUCUCAUGCCGCCAGACCAGUUUAAGAACAUCUCCAGCGUGAAUCUGCAGAACAACAAUCUCACCAAUUUCAGCGGUCUGAUCUUCCUUCCGAAUAUCAAGGUGCUGUGCCUGAACUACAACCACAUCGAGUCCAUCCUCCCCAGAGCCAAGCCCCCAAACCACCUAACGAACCGGCAGCUGCUGCAUCAGAAGGUGACGUCCAGCGGCUACGGGCAGCAAGGGGCUUCCAAAGCCGGCAGGGACGGGGGACUGAGCGAGAGCCUCCCACCGAUAAUGCAGAGCUUAGAAGUCCUUCAUUUGGGCUACAACGGAAUCACCAGCUUGGCCCUCCUGCAGAUCAGCAGGCUCAGAAACCUGAAGUUCCUCUUUUUACAAGGCAACGAAAUCAGCCAGAUCGAAGGGCUCGAGGGCCUACACCUUCUGCAGGAGCUGGUGCUGGAUCACAACCGGGUCAAGACGAUCGGCGAGAACUCCUUUGCCAAGCAGAACUCCCUGCUGGCUCUUCACCUGGAGGAGAACCGUCUGCGCGAAGUGAACCACUUGCAGUCCUUGGUGAAGCUACAGAAGCUUUUCCUGGGUCUUAAUAAAAUCCAGGAGCUGUCGGAACUUGAAAGACUUGACUGUCUUCCUUGCCUUAAAGAGCUGUCAAUAUAUGGAAACCCAGUGUCCCGCAAGAUCUGCCACCGCCCCCUACUGGUGGUCCGCCUGCCCAGCCUCCAGGUCUUGGAUGGCGUAACGAUCAGCUCGGAAGAGAGGGCGAGAGCCGAAAUCCAUUUAUUGGAACAGCAAGCCCUGUCUGUGGCAAACUCGCCGAUCGAUUGUGCGUUUCCCGGACUGCAGAGCAUGGUGCCAAAGCCUUGUGCCAUGAGGGUAACCAACCUGGGCCUGCUGGCCGGCAUCAACCAUUUACAUGGGCCGGAGUUUGCCAUCUCUCAGACGGUUGACGACGCGACAGGGAACGAGACUAACAAAAGUGAGAAACCUAAGAAUGCGGGACUGGGAGCGAGCAAUCCACGGAGCAUCCAUGCAGAAAUAGCCAUCAGGCAAGCCAAAGGGGCCUCGGCGACUCUUCCGAGCCAUGGGACGUCGCAGAGCGGUCCUUCCCGAAUGACCUAA